CGCUAAAAUGAGUGAUGUAACUCUUCAUUUGAACGAAGUAUCCGUUCGCUUCAAUGGCUACAAGGCUUGGAUUAAGCUUUCGGGGGCUUAUAGAAACACUCAAUGUGGACUUUGUGGACACUACGACGAUGCUACAAAUGAUGAAAAUGAAAUGAUAAUGGCCAAUAAUGAAUUUACCUCCAACCUCGCCCAAUUCCAUCGUUCCUAUUCUCUUUCGAACAGCCACGACAGCAACGACCUAAUGUGCAAUGAACAACAACUUGACAGAUUUUAUGAAGAAAAUAAAAAUAAAUUUGGUUAUUCUGAAGCUUUGGAAAUAAUUGAGGAAGAAGAGGGUAAGGAAAUGAAGGAAGGAAGCAAAAAUAAAAAAUAUAAUGAAUGGGAAGAUGAAAUGUUUGAUGGAACUUUUGGUGAUCAAAGUGAAAAUGAUGAGGCCUAUUUCUCUGAUAAUUAUGGAGGAAGUGAGCAAUAUAUUAUGAGAAGUGAAAUGAAUGGAAAUAAAAUGGAGAAGAUUAUAGGUAGGUGA